CUUAUGGGGUUAUGGCGUUGGGUUAAGCGUGUUCUCUAAAGUUAAGGAAACAAAAUGUCUGUGGAGUACUCUCCAAAAUUUGCCCAGGCGGUUGAUCCCUUACACAAUGUCCACAACUGUAAACGGUGUCCAUAUUUCACCACAUGUGUUUUUCUAAUGGUGAACCAUGUUAAGCGUCACCGUACAACCCUAACACAUUUCAACUGUGAAAAUACGGACAUCGAAAAAUAUCAUUGCACGGAUUGUAACUUCCAAACAAAUCUAACCAUUUGUCUAAAAACACACAUCCAGAGGUUUCACAGCCGCAAAAUGAACAAAAAGCAAGAUAAGAUCAAGAUUAAAACCUAUUUUUGCAAAAAAUGCCCUUUUGCGACACACUUCGUGUUAAACUGGUAUCAACAUUGCAUCUAUUCCCAUCAACAUGAAAAAUUUACACUGUCAGGCGGCUCCAGAAAAUCGAAUUUAAAGUCGAAUCAGUGUGACAAAUGCAUGAAAAUUUUCAAAAACAACGAAACUUUGAAAAUGCACGUAAUUUGGAAACAUUUAGAAGAUCAUGAAAUGCAGUGGUACCAGUGCGAGAAAUGCGCAUACAAGACUAAAACUAAGGGAAAUCUUAAGACACACACGAUUUCAAAACACUCAAAAGAAGACGAAAUAGUGUGGUAUAGGUGCAAUUUGUGUCAUUACAAAGCUAAACAGAAAGGAAAUUUAAAGACUCAUAUAAGUGUAAAACACCUACAAGGAAGUACAAUUCGAAAACUAGUAACUGACGGUCAAAUACGUUGGUAUCACUGUGGUAAUUGCUCAUUUAAAUCUAAACAAAAGGGAAAUUUAAAGACUCAUAUAAGUGUAAAACACCUACAAGGAAGUACAUUUCGGGAACUUGCAACUGACUGUCAAAUACGUUGGUAUCACUGUGGUAAUUGCUCAUUUAAAUCUAAACAAAAGGGAAAUUUAAAAAUGCACAUAUUUCGGAAACAUAGGGAUAAGAACUCCGUCAAAUGGAAUCAGUGUGGUAUGUGCAAAUAUAAAUACAUGUUCCCAUCUCAGCUAAAACUCCAUAUAAUUAAUAAACACUCAUUUGCUUAAUCUCCAGGUGAUGGCAUCAACCAAAUUUAGAUAAGUAGUGGUUAUUCAAUAAAAUGAUCUUAAUGCCAAAGCUGAUAAGAAAAAUUAUGAUAAAAUAAAAUUAGAAUGUUAUACUAGUACUAGUAAUGGAUGAUUUUUUUAUUGUUUACU